AUGGGUAAGAAACAGCAUCAAAAGGAUAAACUCUAUGUAACCUGCACGGAAUGGAGCACGUUGUACGGUGGAAAACGGGCAGCAGAAAGCAACCGGAGAUUCAAACGAUUGCCAUUUCACUGUUGCAGGAGUAUAUUGCCGUUUGUUCGCAAACAUGGUGUCAACCCGGUGACCGGGAAGAAAAUGAAGGCUGGAGAAUUGAUCAAGCUAGUUUUUCAUCGCAACUCGGAUGGGAAAUUUCACUGCCCGGUCACAUUUAAAGUAUUCAAUGAGAAUACACACAUUGUGGCCAUCAAAGUGACGGGCAAUGUGUAUGCUUACGAGGCAGUAGAGCGGUUAAACAUAAAAUCGAACAACUACUUGGAUCUUCUCACCUCGGAGCCGUUUACGCGGGAUGACAUCAUCACCAUUCAGGAUCCACAAAAUCUGGACAAAUUUAACAUCAGCAUGUUUUAUCAUGUUCAGCACAAGGAAGAGGAACAAAAUGAUUCAAAUGUGGUCGUUAUUCGGCAAUUGAACCAGGAAACAAAAGAAACCUUAGCUGAAUUACCAAAAGAGAUAAAAGUACCGGAUUAUAUGUAUUCAAACAAAUCCGCAAAGGCUGAUUUGGGUAAAAAGCGGGAUGUGUUCAACACGGCUACCUACUCGACCGGUAAAGCUGCUGCAUCCCUCACUUCGACUGUAAUGGAGCCGGUCACCAAAGUGGAGCCAGCUAUUCUGGAGGACGAUGUGGUUCGGUAUAAAUACGUGAAAACUAAAGGCUAUGUCAGCCUAAUCACAUCCCAUGGCAAAUUGAAUUUAGAGUUGCACUGCGAUCUCGUCCCCAAAACAUGCGAAAAUUUCAUUCGUCUUUGUGAAUCAGGUUACUACAAUGAAACAAUAUUUCACCGCCUAAUUCGCUAUUUUAUGGUCAGUUUUUUCAUUCAAGGUGGAGAUCCUAGCGGAACCGGGUUCGGAGGGGAGUCGAUUUGGGGCAAACCGUUCGAGGAUGAAUUCAUGCCACAACUGANCCGGUCCGAAUACGAAUCAGUCCCAAUUGAGGAGAUUCAGAUAAUCACAUGCGAGGUGUUUAUCAAUCCGUUUAAAGAGGUUGAAGAGAUGCUUGCCAAAGAACGAGCCCAAGCUGCAAUUGCUCCAGCAAUAUCUGAUUCAGACACGAUCGUCCGACCUAAACCGGGAAAUCGACGAGAGGAAGAGGCGUUCGCGGCCGAAGACCGAGCACGUAGACACCAGACGACAGGUCUGUUUUGCUUGGCAAAUAAGGUUGAUCGAAAUGCACUUUACGCUGAUCAAGAUUUAGCUGAAUUCUAA